ACAACAACAAGUCCUCUUGAAUGCUUUCUAUCUUCAAGAUCUCAGCUGCGUGCAUUUGAUACUGCAUUCAACUUCCUUCUCUUGUCCCUUAUUCAACAACUUAUCGGGACUGUGGUAUAAGUGAGAAAAAGUUAACGUCUGCCGUUAAAGGUCAUCUCUCAAAGAUGAGCGCAGAUAUCCAGAGGAACGAUGCGCGCGGCUCGUCCGCUACUGCUGCUACUGAUCCCUUGUUCGAUACUGGUGACCUGGGAAAUCUUGCCAAAGGUAGAAUUUCAACAGUUAUUAUUGCCUCCGAAUGGCACUUCAAGCCAGGAGGGGUUAUGGAAGUUGAGAAACGUUUCGCGGAGAAACGAGACCGAAUGCGUGCUGUAGGUGUCCGUCAUUUUGAUUCGUGUGGUAGUACUCUCUUAUAGUAUGGUUCAUCAUCCUUCCCAAGCCUGUGAAAGCUCUUUCCAUGUAGCAGUUAGUUUUUUGGGUCUCUUUGAAGGACUGGCUUUUUAUAUCUUCACAUUCCCAGAGCCCGCGCAGAUUUUAUGCCACAUUGCUUCACGUAUAUCUACGUAUUCUCUUACAUUCAAACACUACUGCCAAUAAAAUUUAAAGGAUAACCACUGAAGCUAAACUAGGACGGUUAUAUUCAAUGGCGCGACCAAGAUCACCAUUUCCUGCUCUUCUCGGAAAGACAUCUCGUGCCUCUUUUAGAAGAAUUACAUCAGAUCACGAGAGCGAUAAUUGUACAGGAGGGUGGCGAUAGGGAACCUGAUUCGGAAGAUGAUAAUGACGAUGACGAAGGUGAUACAUAUAGCGACUUAUCAACAGAGGUGUGCUAUCCGAUCUCUAUCUUUCAUUGCAAUAAAGGCUGACAUUUCCCUAGUUCCAGAGCAAAUUGAUCGCGAAAGUGACCAACUACGAACUAUUUCGGCACACACGCCCACCCAACCCAGAUAAUGAUGAGGAAUUUUAUCCAGACAUCGUCAAGAACUUUGACUAUCGUGACAUCUGGAGUUACCCCCCAGAAAUAUUGAUGGACAAAAUCUUGAAACUGGCCAUUGUUCAAGAGCUGGAAGCCAUGACGGACAGCAAAAUUGUCAAGUCACCCAGCCAAUCGAAGGUUUAUAUCGGGUCAGACAGGAAUGGCAGUGUUGAUUUGGUAAUCGUUAAACUCGAAAAUAUUGCGAAGUACAGUGUGAGUGAAAAACUUAAGCUCUUUCAUUUCAUCAAACUUUUUUUAAGCUAACUAUCUACGUAGUUGACGCAUACCUCUUUCGAUCACAUCUUCUAUACGGAGGAGGUAGAAUCGUGCAAAUUUAUUAUUAAAGCAUUUCCUGAGAUCAAAAAGAAAUUUCUUGAAACUACUCUUUUGGAACGAGUCAUUUUCCCUAAAUAUCUGUCUGAAAGACUCACAGUUCGAGCCUGUCUAUGGAACACGGCCAAAGUGACGUAUAUCCCGUUUAAGAUCGCUAAGCAUACUCCAGCAGUAGCCAGUCCAGGAACACAAGCCGCUGCAACAAAACCAUGGGCCGGGUUUGUUUGGAAGCUUCGAGGGACUCCGGGAGAUGAUCCUGUGAAAUAUUUCCCGAGUGGAUAUGCAAAAGAAAUCAAGAGACAAGAAGAUGAAGAGGGGCAGCCGGAAGAUAAAGCUGCUAGCUCGGCGCACGUUGAUAUUGAGGGCUGGGUGGCAAAUGCGACAACCACUGCCGAUCCUUCGCAGGGACUGAACGGUGGCGGUUGGGGAGGCAUUGUUGAGACGCCUCACAAUUCCUUAGCUCGCCUGGCCAUGGCUUCGGAACCGGACGCGAAUUCCAACGUUAAUACGAGUACUGAAAGAUUGAAGGAUUUCAUUCACCAAGAGACGAGAACCAAGCCGGACAAGCCUCUCACUCCUGUAGAAUGCUCAAGCACACCAGCUGAGUCGGAGACGAACCUAUUGGACGGUGAGUUACAUAUCAUGACCAAAACUAAGUCUUGUGCUAAUUGAAACAUAGGGCAGUUGUCGCUACAAGUGGGAAUAGACGAGCAUGGUGUGUUGCAGUCAAGCCUUCUUGAUUCUGCACUUGAUGCAGAACUGAUAAAUUCUGAUUGGGACGCAUUGAGACACAACGCCUCGGAGGGUGCACUAAUUGAUGUUAGUUCAAGUCCCACAAGAUCACCCAAUUUGAAAAUAUUCGAUAUGGCAGACAGUUCUAAUGCUUGGGGGACUCGUCAAUUUACGGCAUUAGAACCACCAGCAUCAUCGUCUUUAUGGUCGCUUGGCCAGCCACAGCUUCCAUCCGAAGAGCUUGAAGGUCUUAUGACUACGGUAUCUCCAUCGAUGGCGGAUUUAGCAUUCAAUUCUGGUAAUGACUUAUCUAAUUUAAUUGACUCUUCCUAUUCACCAAGAUUAUCUGGUAGUUCUAGACCUACUUUGAUGUCUCUCAACAAUCGGCAAAGAUUGCCCUCUCCGCAAAGCUUGGGGCUUUCAGAGUCAGAGACACUUCGCGAAAAUAGAUUACAACUGCCUCGGCGUCAACAUGAGGAUGAAACGAGUACUCGAGUUUUUCACAAGACCAUGAAUCAAAAGGCAUCGCCUAGCAAUAAAGAAGUAUCGAAGCUGAGGACUGUGGCAAGACCGCAAGAGUCUUUCCUGAAAGAUGUCGAAGGAAUGUUUGGUGCUUUAAUGACGCAAGUGAGAGGUUUUCGUGGCGAAGUCAAGGCACAUAUAGACUUUGGUAAAAUCUUGCUAGGGAACCUCCCCGUAAAGAUCGUUUCUAAAGAACAGAACAUCAAGCCAUAUGAUGAGCCUUUUAUCAUUAGGCAUUUGUGCCCACCACCCGAGAUGAAUGUCAGGAUUGGAGAUGGCCCUGAGCUUUUCUUCACUGAUAUAUUAACCACGUUAGAAGCCGACACCACGUUUCUCUCUAAUCUCAAAAACAGAGAGGGUGCUCGCCUCUGGUCCGAAAAUUGUUCGGAGUGGAAGGUUACGUAUGAGUUUAUGUGCGAAGAAAUACGCACUGAAAAUUUAUUCACCAUUGAAAUCGAUUCAGAGACCUUCGAUACUCACAUUGUAGUGUUGAGGAAGUUUGGGGAAAUCUAUGUGCAUGGUACAAUGCGCCACUGGGAUUUAAAACUUACAGUAGAUGGGAUUGAAGAUGAGGAAGAAAUUCGCAAUAGUUUGCCUGGCUACAAUAAUCUAGCUACAGAAAUUCAGCGAAACCUUUAUAUUCCGUAAGUUUGAAAGUGUCACCACUUAAGCAUUUGAACUAAUGUCCAACGUUUUAGUCCUGGAAAUGAGAGACCGAAUCACUCUUUCAAACUCCCGAAACAGAUCACGGACGAAUUUGAAAUCUAUCAUCUUAAGAUCCGCAAGACUAGAACGUUCAACAGUUUGGAUGGAAGUUCUAAGUUGCAUAUCACAGAGGUUGAUAAAUCCUGUGGACACAAAUUGUCGGUCAAAAAUCAAGAAAUCGUGGUCUACAUUUUCCCUGAGGAGAAAAAAGAUCACAACAUGGAGAGGAACUCGGAGGAAGUUUCUAGUUACUCUGAAGAGAAGAAAGAUCUCAGCAUGGAAACCAAUUGGCAAGAAGUUUCUAUCACAUCUGUUCCGAUGAACAACCUCCUUCAACAAAAUAUGAAACUCGAGCUUGGUGAAGAAGUACAAUGGACAAUCCAGGAUCUGGCAGUAAAAAAUGUUUCCAACAGCUUCAUCAAACCCGCAUGUACCAUGCUCGUGCAGAUGGAUGGUGUCGGCUUUUACAACGACGGUCAAGAUCUCAAGACUUAGACAUGGACCUCAUGUCGCUGCAACAUAAUACUGAACAUCACUGAUAAAACAUUGCUUUCUCAUAGCUUCAAGAGACACAUGCGUGGUUUGCUGCGUCCAGAAAGGGAAUGAUGGGUGUUGGAUUGUUUGGAGUCAAAGAUGACGGCAUUCUA